UCCAAUUCAGUGUUAAUUUGGUUCUUGAAGAGUCAACAUCAGCUGGAAGCUGGUUGGGAGCAAACACAGAUAACCGAGAAGCAAACCCCCCUCGAGAAGUGUGAUCGAAAUUUGCCUUGAAUUAUUAUAUGAACUUGAGAGAUUUUAAAGACAAGUGACUAUCUGUUUUCCGAGAGUAACGUUGAAGCAAAAAAAAAAAUCUGCGAAAGUCAAGGUCGGAUAGAUCUUUGCGCGGAGUGCGGCAGUAGCUUGGGGUCGAUAAAGAAGAUCUACAUAGAAUCGGAUUGCAACGCCGAGUUUAUUGAACGAGUUAACACGAGAACCAGAUAUUUUCGCGGGUGAUCCGAAACCGAGAUUUGAUACGAAUACGAGGCGCCUGAUCGUGUGUGUUCGAAGACGUGUGCCGAUCGUUGGACAAUUCAGUUCGCUUACCGCUAACGAAAAGCAAAGGUUGCAAAAAUGGUUCUACGAAGCAAGAGCUUUGCCCGCUACAUUUUCCAGAAUCAGCACAAACUGAUCCAGCAGCUGGUGCAGACACAACAACUACAGAUUCGACUGUGCAGUGGCGGUUCGCAGCAGAUCCAACAGGCGCUACGCGUCGAAGAUGAUGAUAUGCCGAGGAUCUCUCAGGCCGCUCCGGUGGCGGCGCCCUUCCCGAUGAAGAUUGAGCACGCGCCGGACGUCGGUGAGCAGUUCCGGUACUCGGACCUCUCGGUACGAUUAGCCGCUCCGCACCAGCUCUCCCCGAAACCGGACACCGACGAUAUGGCCUUCGGCAAGUACUUCACCGACCACAUGCUCAAAAUCGCGUACCACAAACGGCUCGGAGGUUGGCAGAAACCGGAAAUCACCCCCAUGGAAACGCUAAACCUGCAUCCCGCCGCCAAGGUGUUCCACUAUGCCGUCGAGCUCUUCGAAGGCAUGAAGGCGUACCGCGGGGUGGACGGCCGCAUUCGGUUGUUCCGCCCGGACAUGAACAUGGCCCGCAUGAACAUCACCGCGUACCGUUCGGGACUGCCCACCUUCGACGGGGAGGAACUCGUCAAAGCCAUGUGCCGACUGAUCAUGAUAGAUUCGGAGUGGGUCCCGCACACUGAAUCGGCCAGUCUGUACAUCCGACCCACCCUAAUUGGCAUCGAACCCACGCUGGGCGUGGCCUCGUCGGACUCGGCUCUCCUGUACACGAUACUGUCGCCGGUGGGAUCGUACUUCAAGCCGGGCGCUGGUGGACUGAAGCUGUACGCCAAUCCGAAGUAUACCCGUGCGUGGCACGGAGGCGUUGGUGAUCGGAAGGUGGGGUCCAAUUAUGGGCCAACGAUUCACGUGCAAAGGGAGGCGCUGAAGGAGGGAUGCCACCAGGUGCUGUGGCUGUACGGCGAUGCGCAUGAGCUUACCGAGGUCGGCGUGAUGAAUAUCUUCAUGUUGCAUAUGAAGGAAAAUGGAGAACGGGAACUGGUAACCCCGCCGCUGGAUGGUCUGAUUUUGCCGGGAAUAACACGCGAUUCCAUUCUCCGACUAUGUCGACAGUGGGGAGAAUUCACCGUCAAGGAGGAGAAGUUCACGAUGCCGAUGGUGAAGCAGUUGGCCAAGAAGGGACGGUUGCUGGAAAUGUUCGGCGCCGGCACUGCUGCCGUCAUCAGCCCGAUCGAGCGCAUCGCCUAUAUGGGCGAGGAAAUCCAGGUGCCGACCGAAAGCCACGAAUCGCCCGUGUACCGGCGGCUGUACGACACCCUGACCGGAAUCCAGUACGGCAAGAUCGAACACCCGUGGGCCCCGGUUAUAGACUAAGCGAACGGAGGAGUACCCCCGCAACCCCGCGACGCUGUUCUAUUACUACUUCUACUACUACACUAAUAGGUGAAUCAGCAGUACUAUUUUGUUUUAAACUGUGCAUGAGUGGGAUUUGAGUGUAGGCGCGAGUGCGUAUGAGUGGAUAAGUCUUCCAGAUAUUGUUAGUUAGGUUCCGCAACAAAUGAAUACAGGUUAGGAGAGGAAAAAGACACUCUUAGGUGAGAUAUCGGAAGCGGAGUGGGUGCAUGCUAAGAUGAAGUAAGAUUAGAUUUAGAAGCUGGAAGGAACGUUGAUUUCUUAUGCAGCUUGCAUUGUGUUACAGGACGGGUGGAAGACCCCGAAUAGUGCCAAGCAAAUGGUAGCGAAUCGAUUGUGAUUUUUUUUUGUUUAUACAGUUGUUAAUCUUUAGUGAGUCAUAAUCAAGAUUUCAUUUUCACUACAGCAAAUAGAAAUACUUGUUCUUAAUGUAGAA